UGUUGACGCGUCGCCCAGCGACCCGGGAUGGCGGGGCCGGGCGGCCGCGCCCGCAGGUCUCAGCUGGAAGAUGACGCCCCCCCGGAGAGGGACCAGGAGGAGGAGGUGGAGGAGCCGGACCAGGUGCCAGAGCAGGACCAGGACCAGGAGCUGGAGCUGGAGCCAGACCAGGACCAGGAGCUGGACCAGGACCAGGAACUGGAGCCAGACCAGGACCAGGAGGUGGAGCCAGACCAGGACCAGGAGCUAGAGCCAGACCAGGACCAGGAGCUGGACCAGGACCAGGAGCCAGAGCCAGACCAGGACCUGGAGCUGGAGCCGGAGCAGGAAGGCGACAGGGGCCUGCCCCCUGCGCAGAGCCUGGACCCAAUCCACGAAGAAGCUCUCGGUGCUCCAGAACAUUCCGAAGGGGAGAUGGCAACCAGUGGGGAAUUCGGAUCGGAAGGCGGCUUCGAAAUGGAAGAGGAAUUCAAAUGGGAAGGAGAAUUUGAAUCCGUUAUGGACACCUUGUCCCCGGAAAGGAAGAUGAGUUCGACAAACUUGAGUUACUCGGAUGCCAGCCCCGAGGCCCUGCUCGCAGAAGAGCCGGCCCUGGGCGACGCGGGCCUCACGGACAGGCGGCAGAUCCAGCCGUCAGAAUGGGAAGAGGUGGUCACAGCCACGGAGUCCCCACCGCAGGCGCCAGGGCUACCCGAGCCCCCGGGCCUGGAAGCCCCAGCACCCGGGGCUGGCAAGCUGACAAAAGCCCAGGGCGAGGCGCCCCUCCUCGGGGCUCGGCACCACCUCCGCCUGAGCCUGUCGAGCAGCACCUCCUCUGGGGCAGAGGGCAGCCUCCUCAACGCAGACGACGAGCCCUCCUCGCGGGAGCCAGGGGAGGCAGAUGCCCUCACCUGGGGCGGCUCCAUGUCUGCCACAUUCCUGGGCCGGCUGCAGCAGCUGAGCCCGGAGGAGGCCCGGGCGGAGAGGCCGGAGUCUGAGGGCAGCGACGAGGCGGAGGAGGGGUCCCAGCUGGUGGUUCUGGACCCAGACCACCCCCUGAUGAUAAGAUUCCAGGCUGCCUUGAAAACCUACCUCAGCCGACAGACAGAAAAGCUGAAGCUGGAGCUGCAAGAGCUGACCUCGGCCACCAAGCAGAGCCGCCUGCAGCGGCAGGAGCUGGGUGUGGAGCUCUACGGGGCACAGCAACACCUGGCCCGCCUGCAGAUGCAGCUGGAGAAGAGCCACGACCGCCACGCGGUGGCCGCGUGCACCCGGCGGCGGCGGGAGGAGGAGCUGCAGGGCGUGCGCCUGCGCUACACCCGCAUCUUCCAGGCAGCCAACGAGGAACGCAAGAAGCUGGCCUCCCUGCAGGCUGAGCUGGAGGGCCUGUCCCUGCAGCUCUUCUACAUGCAGAACGUGGACCAAGACGUGCGUGACGACAUCCUGGUGAUGAAGCAGGUGGUGAGGAAGGCGGAGGCCCAGCGCUCCCGAGCGGAGAUGGACAAGAAGAAGCAGGACCUGUACGUGGACCACCUCACCAGCCAGGCCAAGCAGCUGGAGGAGCAGAGUGCGCUGCUGGAGGCCCAGCACUGCGCCCAGGCCGAGGACACCCGUGCGCUCCGGAAGGCAGUGAGCGAGGCCUGCACGGAGAUCGAUGCCAUCAACGUGGAGAAGAAGCACAUCCUGCAGCAGUGGGCUGCCAGCCUGGUGGGCAUGCGGAACCGCGACGAGGCCCACAGGACCGUCCAGGAGGCGCUCAGGGAGUGCCAGCAUCAGGUCAGGUCCGCGCAGGGGGAGCUGGAGGCCUACAAGAAGUCGAUCGUCAAGGAGGAAGAGAGGAACGAGAAGCUGGCCAGUGUCCUCCACCGCACGGAGACGGCGGCCAGCCUGCUGCAGAAGCUCACGGCGCAGUGCCGGGCCAAGCAGGAGGCGCUGAGGAAUGAGUUCAACACCUACCAGCUGGCCCUGCAGGAGACGGAGGACACGCUGGAGAAGGCCCGAGUGGAGCACACGGUGACCUUCAGCGAACUGCAGACCCUCCGCCAGGGCAUCCAGAGCGAGCUGGAGCUGCGGAGGAAGAUGGACGCCUCGAUGGCGGAGAAGCUGCAGGAGCACAUGACCUCCAACAAGAUGACCAAGUACUUCCGCCAGCUCAUCCUGAAGCUGCAGAAGGAGAAGACCAACCUGGUGACGCAUCUUUCCAGAAUCGACGGCGAGAUCGCCCAGGGCACCCUGGACAUCACCAACACCAGCUGCCGGCUGGACGCGCACCGGAAGGUGCUGGCGGAGCUGGACAAGGAGGUGAAGAAAGUGAACGACCUCAUCACCAACAGCGAGAACGAGAUCGCGCGGCGCGCCAUCCUCAUCGAGAGGAAGCAGGGCCUCAUCAACCUCCUCAACAAGCAGCUGGAGCAGAUGCUGUCGGAGCUGGGGGGGGAAGAGGUGGGGCCCCUGGAGCUGGAAAUCAAGAGGCUGACGAAGCUGAUUGAAGAGCAUGAAGGCAGCGUGGUCCAGGCCCAGGUGAUGUGGCUGCGGCUGCAGCAGGACAUGGUGGCCGCCACGCAGGAGCGGGAGGAGCAGCUGAGCUCGCUGCUCAUGUUCCGGAAGGAGCUGCACAUCCUGGAGCAGAAGAAGCUGCGCAUCGAGAGCAAGAUCGAGCUGGAGAAGCGGGAGCACAAGGAGAUCGAGCGGCACGCGCGGGGCCUGGACGGCGACCUCAAGAAGCUGAACGUGCUGAUGAGCCGGCAGCGGAGCAGCGCGCAGCAGCUGCAGCAGGGCGCCCGCCUGGCCGAGGGCGAGCUCCUGCGCGCACUCAAGGCCUCCGAGAGGGAGACACUGGAGAUGCAGGAGAAGCUGAGCCAGCUGGACGAGGAGAAGGCCGCCAUCCUCAACAGCCUGGUGGAGGCGGAACACCAGAUCAUGAUCUGGGAGAAAAAAAUCCAACUGGCCAAGGAGAUGCGCGCCUCGGUGGACUCGGAGACCGGCCAGAUGGAGAUCCGGGCCAUGAGGGCCGAGAUCCACCGCAUGAAGGCCAGGCACAAGCAGCUGCUGCAGCAGCAGGAGAAGCUGAUCCACGACAUGGAGCUGGCGGUGGCGCGCAGGGAGACCAUCUCCACGCAGGCCGAGGGCCAGCGCAGGGGGGACCGGAGGCUGCUCACACGGACGGACUUCCACCACAGGCAGGCGGAGCUGCGGCGCAGGAUCCGGGACACACACAAGGCCACCGAGGAGUGCUCCAGGACCAUCUCUGAGCUGGAAGAAACACAGAAGCUCGUGAGCGACGCCCUCGUGGAGAAGCAGGAGGCGCUGUCCAAGAUGCAGGCCGACACGGACGAGCUGGACACCAGCGUGAAGCAGCUCGUGGCCCUCAAGCGGCAGAACCUGUUGGAGCUGGUGGCCCUGCAGACGCGCCUGAAGCACCUCCAGGCCGUGAAGGAAGGGCGCUACACGCUUCUCUUCCGCUCCAAGCAGGCGCUGAAGGUGGAGCAGAAGCGCCUGGACGACCGGCUGGCCGCGCUGGGCACCAUCCUGGACCAUGUGAAAGAGGAGUACCCCCAGUUCCAGGAGGCCCUGCUCAGGGUCAGCCAGGCCGUCGCCAGCAAGCUGGAGGCGCCCGGGCCCUCCUAGCAGGCAGCCUGCACCCCAGCCGCCCCCUGUGUCCCUGAAGGCCAUGUCUGCCCCCAGAGGACAUCCCCCUGAGGAGAAAGACCCGGGUCACACUGCGGGGGGGCCGUCUCCACCCAGGCAGACCUGGGCAGAUGCCAGCGCUCCGGGCUGCCUUCCGCGGCGUCCACCACCUGCAAAUGCCGUGGGUCGAGCACUGGCUCACGGCCAAGUGACCGGGCCUGGGGAGGUGCCAUGUCUCCAGGUGGGGGUGGGGCUCCAGGUCUCCCCCAACCAGCGCAGGUGCCGAUUCCCACCUGGGGUGAGUACAGAGAACACGGCCCGCUGGAAGCAGAGGCAUGGGUGGGCUUGGCCAGGCACCCCCUAAAGUCACCCACAGCCCCCUGAGCCCCCACGGGGUCCCCACCCUCCCCAGGAGAGCCGCGCGCUUCUGCCUCUCCACCCGUCGCUGCCCGGCUCGCUGGAGCGGGUGGGGCGAGUGUCCCCAGGACCCGCCGCUGACUCCUGGCCCCCCAGUCACCCCAGGCUUCUCUGCAGCUUAAAAGGAAAAAGGCCUAAUAAAGAACCCCCCACUCACACUUCAGCAGAAAAAUAAAGAGGCUCCUCUGAGUGCGAGAAGGGCCAGCUUACUCGGACACUUCAGAACCGGCCCCCGCGAGGAGGGGCUCUGGGUCCCCAGGCCCCGCGUGGGGGCUGCUCCCUGUGCAGCUGCUUUCAG